GUCACGUGACGGAGGGGCCCGGAAGCGGCGCUGCCGGAAGCGGCGGUCACGUGGGCAGCGAUGGCGGCACCGGCGCUGCGGAUUAACGCGGCGUUCGCAAAGCGCUACGGGCGCUACCGGAGGCGGGAGGAGCUGCAACGGCUGGAGGCGCGUUACGGGCACUGCGGCUCCGACAGCGACACCGACUCCGACAGCGACUCCAGCGGCAACGACGGGGCAGUGCCCCCCCCUGUGGAACGGGAUUUCUACCGGACGUUGGCGCUGCUCAAGAGCCGCGACCCCCGAAUCUACCGUCCCGACACCACCUUCUACACCCAACCCGAUUCUUCAUCUGAGAGCGAAGAAGAGGAGGAGAAAGAGAAGGAGGAAGAGCGACCGCUGUUCCUGAAGGAUUAUGAGCGCAAAGUGGUGUUGGAGAAAGAGGGCAAAUACGUGGAUGAGGAAGAUGAGGAAGAUGAGGAGGCGGCAGCCAAACGGAAAAAGGUCACCGCCUCCCGCAGUUACGCUGAAGAGCAGAAAGAGCUGAAAGAGAGCUUCCGAGCCUUCGUCGCCGAUAGUGAGGAAGAGGAGGAGGAAGGGGGGGGCUCAGCCCUGCUGCGGCCCCGCAGCCGCACCCCCAAAGAGAAGGAGGAGGAGGAGGAAGAUUACGUGCGUUGGCUGAAGGGUCAGGGGGGGCCGCCCCCCCCCGAGCCACUGCAGGACCUGGCCCCCCUGCGGCAGUUCUGGUCGGAUCCGGAUUUGGAUCCCGGAGAGCGAUUCCUGCGCGAUUACAUCCUGGAACGCGGAUACCGCCACGACGACAGCGACGAGGGGGGGGACCAAGGGGCCCCCCCCGAUUCCUCGGAUGAGGGGGAGCUCUUCUUGGCCCGUCAGGAGGAUUUCGAGCGUCGGUACAACUUCCGCUUCGAGGAACCGGGAGCCGAGCAGGUACAGACGUUCCCGCGCCAAAUCCCCUCCUCGGUGCGGCGCCGCGAUGAGCGCCGGAAGGAGAAGCGCGAGAGGCUCAAAGAGAAGAAGAAGAAGGCGCGGCUGCGGGCGCAGCAGGAGCUGCAGCAGCUCAAGAACCUGCGCCGAGCGGCUCUGAGCGCGCGACUGCAGCGCCUCCGCGACGCCUCGGGAGACGCCCUCCUGCGCCUCCCCCACCACCUCCUGCGCGGAGACUUCCACCCCGAACGGCACGACCGCGCCAUGGCGGAAUGCUUCGGAGAGGAAUAUUAUGGUCUGGAGGAGACGGAGAAACCGCAGUUCCAGGAGGAAGAGGAGGAAGAGGAGGACGAUUGGAACUGGGACUCAUGGUCGGGUCGAGCUGAGGCUGAGCCGGAGCCGCACUGUGAGGACCCCGACUUUGUGAUGGACGCAGACUACGAGGCGGCGGCGCCGCCCCCCCCGAAACGCCACCGCUCCCCCCCGGCAAACGGCAACCGGCGCCGCAAAUCCCGGUUCCGGGAGGCGCUCGAGAGGGAGAAACCGCGCUUCGACCCCGCCGACGGCCCUUUCGAGCGCUACGUGGAUGAGUUUUACAGCCUGGACUACGAGGACCUGAUUGGGGACCUCCCGUGUCGCUUCAAAUACCGACGCGUCGUCCCCUGCGACUUCGGCCUCACCACCGAGGAGAUCCUGGCAGCAGACGACAAAGAACUGAAUCGCUGGUGUUCGCUGCGCAAGACCUGCAUGUAUCGAUCGGAGCAAGAGGAGCGGCAGGAUCAGGCCAACUACAGCCGGCGGGCGCGCGACGGCAAGAAGAAGCUGCUCAUCCUGAAAUCCUUGGCGGAGGGCCCUGAGCCGCCCCCCCUGGCUCCGGCCAAGCCGAAAGUGGGAAAGAAAAGCCGAGAGAAACGGAAACGCCUGGAAAACGGGGGGGUCCCCCCGAGCCCCCCCAAACCCUCUGCCCCCCCAAAACCCUCCCUCCGACCCCCCCGCGCCCCCAAAGUGCGUUUGGGGGGGCGGGAAUUUACGGGGGGGCGAUUGGCAGCCUUUGGCCUCAACCCGCGGCGCUUACGCUUCCGGCAGCUUCGGCGCAAAAAAGGGGGGGCCGGGACCCCCAAAAAAGGGGGGGGCAGGACACCCCCCCCUUAAAACAUAGGAAAACAAAAGACCUUU